AAAAGGCGCGAGAGUUACUGGGCGCUGCAAUCUGUUGGUCACGAUUGUCGGGCUCGAUGGCAAAAUGCCGCCAAAUACCCAAACGUGCACGGCCAUGGAAGACCCCUUUGGCGCGAACAUCGUGGGCGACAACGGCCUGUGGCAGGCAUUUGGCAAUCAUAUCCCGGACCUCUCAAAUAUACUCGCUUGCGAACCAGCAUCCGAGCGGCGGUUUAUCUGCGCCAUUGAGCCGCUGAGUCCUUGGGUACCCUCCCUCCUCCGUGCCCUGGUGCCAUUCUUCUCGCAGUCGCAUCGCUGUCGUGUCAUUCAGCUCGUUGCCGACCAUGGGAAACGCUCAGACACACCAGGAGCCCUUCCAGGGCAUCGAUCCAUCUCGCCCAGCACUCGCACAAGCACCCACCAAGGCUCACGGAUCGAGUCUCAGCCAAAAGUCGCCGUCCUCGAUCAUGAUCACUGUCGAGGGCGGCGACGAGCAUCCGACUCGCGCGUCCGAGUCCAUCAUCGAGCUCCGGAACAUUCACAAGACCUACCUGCUCGGGGUUGAAGGGGUCGCUGCGUUGCGUGGCGUCGACCUGACGAUAUACAAGGGCGAGUGGGUGAUGAUCUAUGGAACCUCGGGAGGCGGCAAGACAUCGCUGCUCAACUUGAUCGGAACCAUCGAUGCUCCCACAAAGGGCGACCUGCGGAUCUGUGGAACAUCAAUACGCGAAGAAACCCGAGACCAUGUCUUAGCUGACCUGAGGCUGAACAAACUAGGAUUCGUCUUCCAGUCCUUCAACUUGCUGUCGUCGAUGACGGCCCUCGAAAAUGUAGAGCUACCGAUGAUGCUGAAGGGCGAGAUCAAGGCUGCGGAGCAACGGACCAGGGCCAAAGCGAGCCUGGAGAAUGUGGGUCUCGGCCACCGCAUCAAUCACUUUACAAACAAACUAUCGGGUGGAGAGCAACAGCGAGUCACGAUCGCCCGAGCCAUUGCCAACCAUCCGGAAGUGCUGCUUCUGGACGAGCCAACGGGCGAUCUCGAUUCCAAGAACACCCAGAGGAUCAUGUACCUGCUGCAUCGCCUCAACGAGCAGCAGGACAUGACCCUGGUCAUGGUCACGCACGAUCCGAAUCUCAAGAACUUUGGCCAUCGCAUCGUGUACAUGGUGGAUGGGAAAGUGCACCGGAUCGAGCAUAUUCCGGAGGCAAGGCGGCAAGAAAAGAUCAAGGAGCUAAUGGCAUUCCAGAGAGGGCUGGAUCAGCCAGCCGAAAAGAUGCCUUCGCUGGAGCCCCAAGCCCCAGAGAGUCCCAAAAAGAAGAUCUUUGAGGUGCGACAGCCCCGAGAUUAUGCGACAUACUCGCCAUCCACAGGAAUCCCACCGAUACUCGCCUGAGCAUCGGUGGUGGGCGCUCCAGCCCAAGACUCUGGUAACCAGAAACGUCCGCGAGAAUGCCAGGUGCUCUUCUACACAGCGAUGUUCCGGCAAUAAAAUAGAGUGACAUGGCUCUGCGUCGCCAUUUCCCAAAGUGAAUCCAC